AUGUCAACGACUAUGGAGAAGAUCAAGGCCAUCGAAGAUGAGAUGGCCAGGACACAAAAGAACAAGGCAACAUCCUUCCAUUUGGGUCAGCUAAAGGCUAAAUUAGCAAAACUGAGAAGAGAAAUAUUGCAAUCAGCAUCCCAAGGCUCUGGCGGUGGUGGCGGUGUCGGUUUUGAUGUAGCCAGGACUGGUGUAGCCUCUGUCGGUUUUGUGGGGUUCCCAUCAGUGGGUAAGUCCACUCUACUGUCAAAACUUACAGGUACUGAAUCGGAGGCAGCUGAGUACGAGUUUACAACUUUAGUGACUGUACCAGGUGUUAUUCGCUACAAGGGUGCAAAGAUUCAAAUGCUUGAUCUACCAGGUAUUAUUGACGGUGCCAAAGAUGGUAGGGGACGUGGUAAACAAGUUAUUGCAGUCGCCAGAACUUGUAACUUACUUUUCAUUGUUCUCGACGUCAAUAAGCCUCUACAUCACAAACAAAUCAUCGAGAAGGAACUGGAAGGUGUGGGUAUUCGUUUGAAUAAGCAACCCCCUGAUAUUAUUGUCAAGAAGAAAGAAAAGGGUGGUAUAUCAAUUACUAAUACCGUUCCACUUACCCAUCUUGGACCAGAUGAGAUCAGGGCUGUUAUGAGUGAAUACCGUAUCAAUAGUGCUGAGAUCGCAUUUAGAUGUGAUGCUACCAUUGAUGAUUUAAUUGAUGUUUUGGAAGCUUCUUCUAGAAGAUACAUGCCAGCGAUUUACGUUCUCAACAAGAUUGAUUCCUUAUCUCUCGAAGAAUUGGAGUUAUUGUACAGAAUUCCUAACGCUGUUCCAAUUUCUUCUGGUAGAGAAUGGAACUUAGACGAGCUGCUCGAAGUUAUGUGGGACAGAUUGAAUUUGGUUCGUGUUUACACGAAACCGAAGGGGACAAUGCCAGAUUUUACCGACCCAGUGGUACUCAGAUCAGAUCGCUGUUCAGUGAAAGACUUUUGUAACCAGAUUCACAAGUCCUUGGUGGAUGAAUUCAGGAACGCACUAGUAUACGGAAGCAGUGUCAAGCAUCAACCUCAGUAUGUGGGGCUAAGUCACGUCUUAGAAGAUGAAGACGUUGUGACCAUUUUGAAGAAGUGA